GCCUCUCGCUCCCCGAGUGUGUGAGUGGUGGAGGUGCCGCGCAGUCCGCGCUCUCUCUUCCCGGUGCGAGCUAGCCGCAGUGUCCGCUGGCGAGCAGUGCCCUCGGCCGCGAGCAGAGGAGGACGGGGCGGAGAUCCGGGUGCGGGCUGCGGCCGGGCUGGGCCGCUGUGCCGCGGGCUGGCGGCUCUGCUCCUCCGCUUGCUGCUGUGUCUGGGAGCCGGCUGCCAGCACUGAGGCGUCCCCGGCGGACAGCGACCCCCUGCCCCGGCUCCCCUGGCCGCCCUGCCGGGGAGGGCGGAAGAUGCCGGUGAAGAAGAAGAGAAAAUCCCCUGGGGUGGCAGCGGCCGUGGCGGAGGACGGAGGCCUCAAAAAGUGUAAAAUCUCCAGCUAUUGCAGAUCCCAACCCCCUGCUAGACUAAUAAGUGGAGAGGAACAUUUUUCAAGCAAGAAGUGCCUGGCUUGGUUUUAUGAGUAUGCAGGUCCUGAUGAAGUUGUAGGGCCAGAAGGAAUGGAAAAAUUUUGUGAAGACAUUGGUGUUGAACCUGAAAAUAUUAUAAUGUUAGUUUUAGCGUGGAAAUUGGAGGCUGAAAGCAUGGGAUUUUUUACCAAGGAAGAAUGGUUAAAGGGGAUGACUUCAUUACAGUGUGACUGCACAGAAAAGUUACAGAACAAAUUUGACUUUUUGCGCUCACAGUUGAAUGAUAUUUCUUCGUUUAAGAAUAUCUACAGAUAUGCCUUUGAUUUUGCAAGGGAUAAAGAUCAGAGAAGCCUUGAUAUCGAUACCGCUAAGUCUAUGCUAGCUCUUCUGCUUGGAAGGACAUGGCCAUUGUUUUCAGUAUUUUACCAGUACCUGGAGCAAUCAAAGUAUCGUGUUAUGAACAAAGAUCAGUGGUACAACGUGUUAGAGUUCAGCAGAACUGUCCAUGCCGAUCUUAGUAACUAUGAUGAAGACGGUGCUUGGCCUGUUCUUCUCGAUGAAUUUGUUGAGUGGCAAAAAAUCCGUCAAACAUCAUAGCAAGAACUAAUGUGAAGAAAAUGCAAACCUUUUGGCGCCCAAGUGUAUACAGGCUGAAGAGACGAAAAAAUCCAAAGGGUGCAUUUUCAUUCAUAUGAAAGACUUCUCAUAGUACUUUGUUUUCCUUUUUUUUAAAGGAAGUUUUCUUGUUACAUGUGAUGGGCAUUGAGCCACACCUCUUCUGAGACUGAAUAUUGAAGCUUUUGUUGUUUUGAGUUAUGUUUAUAACAUUUAUUUCAGAACAAUAAAGAUUCAGAUUUGUGACAAAGGCCUUAAAGUGAA